GCUUCCUAAGCGAAUCUCUACUCUAUUUCUCGCGCAUGCGCUUCACCACGAGCGGACACAUACGCGGAUGAACUGAACGCUAUACAUGUAUAUACAUAUAUACUAUUUGCGGUCUAUUACAACGGUAACUAUUGCUAUUAUUAUUAUUCUACUUCUUCUGCUUUCGUUUGCCAUAGCACUAGCUUAAAAAAAAAAGUGAGUGCUUUCCUUUUUUCUGCCUUUUCCAAAUAUAGUAAAUACGUUGAUCUUUUUCUCUCUUUAGAGCUAAUCAUUCGCAAUGCAACGAAGAUUUUUUUCAGCCGCGAGCGCACGGGUGAGUGCUGCGCUUCGCAACGUUACCGUGGGCUCCCUGCUUGCUCCGCAACGCUUUCAGAGCACCGCUGCGGUGGACACCCAAGUUGGGUCUGUCGAGGUGAAGCGCACGGAUGCAGGCGCUCCGUCCUACCCCGGCAGCAGCAGCAACAACGGCUCUUCUCAUCGGCAAUCACUUUACAAGUCUUCGCACAAGGGAACGGGCAGCACACCCAUGCCAAAGCCGUAUCAAGCGCGAAAGGAGAAACCAAAUCGAGCACCAGCAGGGGCGGCCGUUGUCGAUCCUGCACCUGCGCCGCUGUUCGGUGCGCGCUCGUCGUGCGCUGAGGACGCAGGACCCGUACCGCAGCGUGCCCUCUCGCCGCUCCAGAAGCGUCAGCUGCAGUUCCGCAACAAAGCUGCCUUCGUCCUCACCCCGCAGGCGCUGCGUCGGGUGAAGUUUUUAAUUGGCCAGUACCCCUCCACACACGUUGCCGCCAAAGGUGCAGCGACGAGCGAGGAAGGCGCCGGUGGCGUCACGGUGCCAUGCGGCAUCCGCAUUGGUGUGCGUCGUCGCGGCUGCAGUGGGUACAGCUACACGGUGAACUACUUCUUCGCGCCCGCCAGCGGCGGCCAAAGCGGCUCGGCUGCUGCUGCGGGUGCGGCGGCCUCUCCCGCAGGAAAAAAAGGUAGUUUCAUGGACGAUGUGGUGGUGGAGCAGGACGGCGUGAAGGUCGUGGUCGACGGCGACGCGCUCUUCUACGUGAUCGGCACGGAGAUGGACUACGUCGUGCGCAACGUCGAGGAGAAAUUCACCUUCAAGAAUCCCAAUCAGAAGUACGGCUGCGGCUGUGAAGAGAGCUUCAUGCCUUUUGACGAGGAUGACCUGGAUGAUGAUUAA